AUGAGUGAUCUACCGAUUGAAUUUACUGAGUUGGCUGAUCUUACAAGUCUAGGGAUUUCCCCUCAAUCCUUAGAUUUUAGAUCAACAACUUUUGAAAGUGAUCAUUAUGUCACCGUUAGAGAAACCCACGACGGAUCCAACUCUGUUGCCAUUGUCGAUCUAGCAAAUGGGAAUCAAGUGACUAGGAAAAAUAUGGGUGGUGACUCAGCGAUCAUGCACCCUUCACAAAUGGUUAUUUCCGUGAGAGCUAACGGCACUAUUGUUCAAAUCUUUAACUUGGAAACCAAGUCGAAGUUGAAGUCUUUCACUUUGGAUGAACCAGUUUUGUUCUGGAAAUGGCUCGAUGACGAAACUUUAGGUUUUGUGACGGCAAGGUCCAUUAUGACUUCUAACGUUUUCGAUGGUAACGUUGCAGGCAAACCUCAAUUGCUUACUCAAAGACACGCCAAUUUGAACAACACUCAAAUUAUUAAUAUCGUCGCAAACAAGAAAAAGGAUUGGUUCGCCGUCGUAGGUAUCCUACAGGAUAACGGUCGUAUUGCAGGUAAGAUUCAAUUGUAUUCCAAACAGCGUAAUAUCUCACAGGCUAUUGAUGGUCAUGUUGCGAUGUUCGCAAAUAUUCUACUGGAUGGUAACAUUGCUCCCGUACAAGUGUUCGUCACCGGUAACAGAAGCGUAACUUCAAGUACAGGUGAAUUGAGAAUUAUUGAAAUUGAUCAUGACAGUUCCUUACCAACCACAUACCAAAAGAAGAACGUCGAGAUAUUCUUCCCACCAGAUGCAACGAACGAUUUCCCAAUCGCUGUGCAGAUCUCAGAGAAAUUCGGGGUUAUCUAUUUGUUGACCAAAUAUGGUUUCAUUCAUCUCUAUGAACUAGAAACUGGUAUGAAUCUUUUCGUCAACAGAAUCACAGCAGAAUCUGUGUUCACAGCUACUUCUUACGACAGCAGAAACGGUAUUGCCUGUAUUAACAAGAAGGGUCAAGUGCUAGCCGUGGAGAUUGCCACUUCUCAAAUUGUUCCAUAUAUCUUGAACAAGCUAUCCAACGUUUCUUUGGCGUUGACCGUCGCUUCCAGGGGCGGUUUACCUGGUGCAGAUGAUCUAUUCCAAAAACAAUUCGAUUCUUUGCUAAACCAGGGUGAUUAUCAAAAUGCUGCUAAAAUUGCUGCUUCUUCAAAUCAACUAAGAAACCAAAAUACCAUUAACAGAUUAAAGAACAUUCAAGCAGCCCCAGGUGCUAUCUCCCCAAUUCUCUUGUACUUCUCCACUCUUCUGGAUAAGGGUAAAUUGAACAAGUAUGAAACUAUCGAACUGGCAAAACCAGUCUUGCAACAGGACAGAAAGCAAUUGUUUGAAAAAUGGCUAAAGGAGGACAAGUUGGAAUGUUCUGAAGAAUUGGGUGAUAUCGUUAAACCUUUUGAUGUCACUCUAGCUCUUGCCUGUUAUCUGAGAUCCAAUGCACAUAGCAAAGUCGUCUCAUGCUUGGCAGAAUUGCAACAAUUUGAAAAGAUUUUACCUUACUGUCAGAAAGUUGACUACCAACCAAACUUCUUGGUUCUCAUUUCCUCUUUAUUAAGGUCUUCUCCCGAUAGAGCCUCAGAAUUUGCUAUAUCUCUUUUACAAAACCCUGAUACAGCAUCCCAAUUGGAUAUCGAAAAAAUUGCAGAUUUAUUCUUUUCACAAAACCACAUUCAACAAGGUACGUCCUUAUUGUUAGAUGCCUUGAAGGGGGACACACCAGACCAAGGUCAUCUACAGACUAGAGUCCUUGAAGUUAAUCUUCUGCAUGCACCACAAGUUGCAGAUGCAAUUUUGGGGAACAACAUUUUUUCCCAUUAUGAUAAACCAACAAUAGCCUCCCUAUCUGAGAAGGCUGGUCUAUAUCAAAGAGCUCUAGAAAACUACACUGAUAUUAAAGAUAUCAAGAGAUGCAUUGUUCACACUAAUGCAUUGCCAGUUGACUGGUUGGUAGCUUAUUUCGGUAAGAUGAACGUUGAACAAUCCUUGGCUUGCUUGAAAGCUCUGAUGGAUAACAAUCUUCAAGCCAACAUCCAAAUUAUUGUUCAAGUUGCAACCAAGUUCUCCGAUCUAAUUGGCUCUUCCAUUUUGAUUAAGUUGUUUGAAGAGUACAAGGCAACUGAAGGUCUGUACUACUACCUUGCAUCUUUGGUCAACUUGACCGAUGAUAAGGAUGUGGUUUACAAGUACAUUGAAGCAGCUGCCAAGAUGAACCAAUUCAAAGAAAUUGAAAGAGUGGUUAGAGACAAUAAUGUCUAUGAUCCUGAAAGAGUCAAAAACUUUUUGAAGGAUGCUCGUUUGGAAGACCAAAUUCCACUAAUCAUCGUAUGCGAUCGUUUCAACUUCGUUCACGAACUGGUCUUGUACUUGUACAAGUCUCAGAACAUGAAGUUCAUCGAGGCCUAUGUUCAGCAAGUCAACCCGUCGAGAGCUCCACAGGUUGUGGGUGCUUUGCUAGAUGUCGAUUGCGAUGAAAAGUUCAUUAAGGACUUGUUACAAUCCGUUUUGGGUCAAGUUUCAAUCAACGAAUUGACAAAUGAAGUCGAAAAGAGAAACAGACUAAAGAUUCUAUUACCUUUCUUGGAAGAAACUUUGGCUCAAGGUGUUCAGGAUCAAGGUGUUUACAAUGCCUUGGCCAAGAUUUACAUCGACUCUAACAACGCCCCUGAAAAGUUCUUGAGGGAGAAUGAUCAAUAUGACACCAUUGACGUUGGUCGUUACUGUGAAAAGAGAGAUCCAUACUUGGCUUAUAUUGCUUACGAAAAGGGCUCUAACGAUGAAGAUUUGAUCAGAAUAACUAAUGACAAUAGCAUGUACAAGUACCAGGCAAGAUACCUAUUGAAGCGUUCUGAUCCAAACUUGUGGAACAUGGUUUUGGCUGAGGAUAACAGCCACAGACAACAACUGGUUGAAGCUGUCAUAUCUGUCGGCAUUCCAGAGCUUACUGACCCAGAACCUGUCUCCCUAGCGGUUCAAGCCUUUAUGUCGAAUGGUUUGAAACUAGAAUUGAUCGAAUUGCUAGAGAAAAUUAUCUUGGAGCCUUCGGCUUUUAGUGACAAUGUCGCUUUACAAGGCCUCCUACUUCUAUCGGCAAUCAAGUAUGAACCAUCAAAAGUUGGUUCUUACAUCGAAAAGUUGGAAAACUACGAUGCUGAUGAAAUUGCGCCAUUGUGUAUUGAAAACGGUUUGAAUGAGGAAGCCUUUGAAAUUUAUGAGAAGCAUAAUAUGCAUAGCAAGGCUUUGAAGGUUUUAGUUGAGGACAUCAUGUCUCUAGACAGAGCUCAAAACUUUGUGGAAAAGAUCGAUACACCUGAACUAUGGUCUCAAUUAGGUACUGCACAAUUGGACGGUUUGCGUAUCCCAGCUGCUAUUGAAUCCUAUAUCAAAGCAGAAGAUCCAUUUAACUAUGAAAAUGUUAUCGAGGUCGCUGAACAAGGUGGUCACUUUGAAGAGCUCAUUCCAUACCUAACGAUGGCAAGAAAAACUCUAAAGGAACCUAAGAUUGACGGUUCGUUGAUUUUAGCUUACGCUCAGUUGGGUAAAAUUCACGAAAUCGAAAACUUGUUAUCGACAUCAAACGUUGCCAAUCUGGAAGCGGUGGGUGACAAGUUGUUAGAAAAUCAAGAUUACAAAGCUGCUAAACUCUGCUAUUUGAGUGUUUCGAAUUAUUCCAAACUCGCAUCAACUUUGGUGUAUCUCGAAGAUUACCAGGCUGCCGUCGACACUGCAAGGAAGGCUUCAAACAUAAGAGUCUGGAAGCUGGUCAAUGACGCCUGUAUCGACAAAAAGGAAUUCAGAUUAGCACAGAUUUGUGGUCUAAACUUGAUUGUGCACGCUGAGGAGUUGGAUGAAUUGGUUGAAAUUUACGAGUCGAAGGGUUACUUUGAGGAGUUGAUUUCUUUAUUUGAAGCUGGUUUAGGAUUAGAAAGGGCUCACAUGGGGAUGUUUACCGAGCUAGCCAUUCUGUACUCCAAGUAUGAACCAGAGAAGACUUUUGAGCACUUGAAACUCUUCUGGUCCAGAAUCAAUAUUCCUAAGGUUAUUAGAGCCGUUGAACAAGCCCAUUUAUGGAAUGAGCUAAUAUUUUUGUAUGCUCAUUACGACGAAUGGGAUAACGCUGCGUUGACGAUUAUUGAAAAGGUCACCGAUGACUUGGAUCACGCUUACUUCAAGGAGGUUAUUGUAAAGGUCUCGAACUUGGAAAUAUACUAUAAGGCUAUCAACUUUUAUGUCACUGAACAUCCAUCUUUAUUAGUUGACUUGCUGGCCGUUUUAACACCUAGAUUGGACAUACCAAGGACUGUGAGAAUUUUCUCAAAGUCAGACAACUUGCCAUUGAUCAAGCCAUUUUUAAUCAAUGUUCUGCCAAAGAACAACUCUGUUGUUAACCAGGCAUACCACGAUUUGAUGAUUGAAGAGGAAGAUUACAAGGCGUUGCAAAGCGCUGUUGAUUCCUAUGAUAAAUUCGAUCAACUCGGGCUUGCUGCUAGACUGGAAACUCAUGAGGUUAUCUUCUUCAAGAAGAUCGCGGCUCUAUUGUACCGUCGUAACAAGAAAUGGUCGAAGGCUUUAUCGAUCUUGAAGGAAGAGAAUCUUUGGAAGGACGCCAUUGAGACUGCUGCCAUCUCUGGUGAUGCCAAAGUUGUUGAAGAUCUACUUGUUUACUUUGUCGAAAACGACAAAAAGGAGGCAUUUGUUGCCCUGCUGUACACAGCUUACAACUUGAUCAAAUAUGACUUUGUCUUGGAGCUAUCGUGGUUGCAUUCCUUGGGUGAUUAUACGAAACCAUAUGAAAUCUCGGUUAAGAAAGAGCAAUCAGACACAAUUGAAAAACUACUCUAA